AUGACGCAACCGAAAAAAGAGGGCCCUCCCCGGGCCACGCUCGAACAGAAAAUCAAAAUUCUCGACUACUACCAUCAGUCCCAGAGACCACAGCUGGAAACAGUGGACAAGUUCAAAAACGAAGUGGCCAUCUCCACACUGGCUUUCAACGAGUGGGUGAAACAUGAAGACGAGUACCGCGCCCGGUACCGGGAACUGCUGUCUGAAUUCCAGAAAAACUCCCGGCGCAAAGUCAAGUACAAGUACGACAAGAUUAACCGGGCGAUGGAUCUACUUGUGCAGCAGCGAAUGGAGCGUGGAGAGCCUGUGACGGAGCCUGUGCUUCGCGAGUUCUGGCAAGUUUACGCCCAUCAAUUUGGUGUGGAUAACCCAAAGCGGUUGAUUGGGUUCAGCCACGGUUGGUUGAAUCAGUUCAAGAAGAGACACGGGCUAACGAAGACAAAGGGACCCAAGGACGAUGCGACGUGUGUUUCGAAUGAAAAGAUAUUGGCGGCAAAACCCGAGAAACAGCCGGCGCCUUUCCAGCCGCAGAACCCGCUCAACUUCCCUGGGCCAUACUCGAAACCGGAAGCGGGCCCAGCAGCCGCCGAAAUCGAAAAGUUCAUCUUUUCCGUGGCCGAUCGCUUUUUCCACGAGCACCAGUAUGACUACCCACAGUCAGUGAAGACAUACCAUGAAUUCAAGCUGGCGUUUUUGAGCGAGCGGCUCAUAGAUUUGCGCUCCAAAGAACCCGAGAGGCCUGUGGACGGGCGUCUUAUUGCUCUUGGACGCGAGGCUGUCCGUGACACGGCGCGUGGAGCCAUGGGAGAAACAAUGGACUCGAGUAUGUCUCAGCGAGAAGAGCUUCGGCCACCACAAUACCAGGGAGAGCAUUUGGAGGACAUUUUCAGCAAGCGGAGCUACUCGGGCGAAUGGGGCGACAAGUCUGCGCUGCGCAAGAUUUGGGAGCAAAACAAGGUUAUGUUGUCGUAA